AUGGCAGACAGCCAGUUUACCGUCGAAGAGGGGAACGAACGACUGCAUCAUGCGCCCAAGAGGUGGUACCGUUUGGUGGCAGCAGUGAUAGUGUGGGGUGGGAUUUGUGGAGAGGAACGGACACCACUGGUCAUCAUCUACGGGAACCUAACACCUCAACAUUACGUGGAUGAAAUUCUACGUCCUGUUGUCCUUGUGGGUUCCAUAAACACUCCUGUACAGACUGAACAGAAUAAAAUUAUUGUGAACGACGACGGCGCCAUCGAGUGGGACGCAGAGGGAACCUUUCGCGUCUCAUGCCCGGUGGAGAUGGUGCGAUUUCCCUUUGACGAGCAGUCCUGUCCAAUUAACAUCAGCAACAACAAGUACACCAUCAGAGAGGUUAACCCGACUAUCCAGAACUAUAGCACCUCAGGCGUGGUCUUUAACAACGGUCAGUGGAAAAUCUUGGACCUCUUCGUCACUAACUGGUACGAUGAUGACGGCUAUAAGUACAUGGGCUUCCACAUCCGCACCAGGCGACGUCCCAGCUUCUACGUGAUGAAUAUGGUGCUGCCGAGCCUGGUGUUGACGGUGCUAGGUAACUGUCUCUACCUGAUCCCUCCGCACAUCAGUGACCGCGUGGCUGUGGGCACCACCCUUGUCCUGGCCUACACUGUCUUCAUGAUCCAGGUCACCGAUGGCAUUCCCGGAUCUUUCCGAAACGUUCCCUACAUCACCAUUUUCUUUCUAGUCGCUAUGGUAAUGUCGGCCUUGGUUGUGGUAAUCUCGAUCCUCGUGCUCAGGCUCUCUCAACCAAUCGUCUCAGGGACAACGGCCACGUUACCCAUUAAAGAGAAACUGGAGUUAUACUGGAAACAGGCGUCCAGGGCAAAGCUUGUUCACAGAGUCGAUGUCACUUUCUUUCUCCUUCACUUAACUGUUCUUCUUGGACUUUGUUCUACUGUAGUAUUCUUUGCGCUAGAAUAG